AUGGUAAAAAAUAAUCUUCGUCUGUGUGAUACCAAUCCCACAUUAUGAUUAUUACAAUUAUCCAAUGCAUAACUAGAAUGAUAAUCUCAAGAAUUUCAUGAUCGAUUUUUCAUGACCUGACAUGAUAGAAAAUUGUGCAUUCUAACGUUCUAAUCUGACAUGGCGGCAUCUAGCAGAGAGGAGCUAAAAGAAGAAAUUAAGGAACUAAGAGGAGAGGUGUUGGAGUAUGAACCGGGCAAAGCAUCGGUGCAUCCUGAACGAGUUGAAUUCCCGGACAAUCUUUACAUAGGGCUUUUUGGUCGAACGGGGUGCGGGAAAACAUCACUGAUAAAUUCCCUGAAGUUUGCCGCUCAUGGAAAAUUGCGAAGAGCUAAAUGGCUACAGGUAGCUACACAGGAAAAGGCCGGUGGGCACACCAUGUACAGAAGAUUUGCUGAUAUUACCAAGAAGAUUUUUGUGAUUGAUAAUCGAGGUCUCGAUGACCCUAACACCGAUCGAGCAACUGCAGAACUUCUUUCACAGUUAGCUGGAGAGCGAGGCUACGGAUCCAAAGUCGAAUGGCAAGGGGAAGGAGACGAGAACGAGCCAGAUACCUUAGAACUGGACUUGGACCAGGAAAACAAAGGACAUCCAAUCGGUUGUGCUGUCUUCGUCUUCAGCGCUAAACAUGAUUUUGAAGAAAAUACUACUGGGUUGAUGGAAGUUGUGGACUUCUUACACAUAUACCAAGGUCGUUAUCCAGUGGCUGUCAUAACCCACGUAGAUGUGACAGGGAAGGACAACGUUGAAACCCUCAAAACAGUGCUGCGUGUGUGUGGUAUCAGUGACAUCUUCGAAGUCGCCAACCUGACCGAUGAAAAGGCACAACUAGAAGAAGAGUACCAACUCAGUCUCCUGAGCUUCAUUGAGAGGUGCAUGACAGACGGCGACGAAACGCUCGUUUUUAAAUACUACCAGCAGAAGGAGGAAAAACGAAGACAGGAGAUCAAGAAGAAGCAAGAAGAGAAGGAGCGAAAGGAAGAAGAGCGACGAAGGGAACGCGAACGCGAAGAAAACGAGCGCGCGCAGGCGCGGAAAGCUGAAGAAGAUCGGCGCGAGGCUGAAAGAAAUCGCCUUGACCAGGCAAGAAUAAUGCAAGAACAGGAACACAGAUUCCAGAUGGAACAGGGGCGUUCUCGGGCAGCGGCUCUUCAGAGGGAACUACAGGAGCGGUCACGGAGGGAGCAGGAGCGAGAGGAGCGAUACGAACGAGCACUUCGACAAGCAGAGGCAAGCAGACAGGAUGAGCUCAGACGAAUUAUGGAAGCAAACAGGCAAAAGGAGGGUCCAUGUUCAAUAUCUUGAUUUGUAAGGCCUGCCUAAGAUGAUGCAGGGGCCGCGAACCGAUUUUUUUUAAUGGGGGGGGGGGGGCAUGUACGAAAUAGGUUUUGUUCACGUAUAUUAAAAUAAAAUGGGCCGCCCCCACAAUGUGCAUUGGUGAGUGAGCUUGUGUUCAUGUGUGUUUAGUUUGCUAAAGAGAGAGAAAGAGUG